GAUUUUCUUUCAGAUGGGAUGAUUCAUUUAUUUAACGACUUUAAUUUCAACUUCCCAUCUGACAUAUUUAAGGCCACAAGAAAGAUUCAAUUGUCAAGUUGUACCGCCUCAUUAGUCUUCAUCUUUUGACCCAUUAUAUCCCAAGUUAGCUGAAAAAUAUCAUAUUUAUUUCUAUUAUAAAGAGCAAUGCAACAGAACUUUGAAGUAUCACCAAACACAUUACGAACUCUCCCAAAAUGCAAUUCUUCAGCUUGGUUUCCAUCUUCCUUUUUCUAUAUUUCCUCUUUUUGCUAAGGAAAUGGAAGACCAAUAGCCAAACCAAAAAAUUGCCUCCAGGUCCAUGGAAACUUCCUAUUAUUGGAAGCAUGCAUCUCAUGGUUGGUGGAAUUCCACACCGCGUCUUUAGAGAGUUAGCCAAAAAAUAUGGACCGCUCAUGCACGUUCAGCUUGGUGAAGUUUCUGCAAUUAUUGUUACUUCCGCUGAGGUGGCUAAACAAGUACUGAAAACUCAUGACCUCGCGUUUGCAUCUAGACCUAAGUUCAUGGGCAUUGAUAUUAUUUGUUAUGGCAGUCGAGACAUUGCCUAUAGCCCCUAUGGUGAAUAUUGGAGACAAAUGCGCAAAAUUUGUAUCAUGGAAUUGUUGAGUGCAAAGAAUGUCCGGUCAUUCAGCUCGAUCAGACAUGACGAAGUUGUUCGUCUCAUUGACUCUAUCCGAUAUUAUUCAUCUUCUGGUGAGCUAAUUAACUUUUCAGAAAAGAUCAUUUGGUUCGCAAGUACCAUGACAUGUAGAUCGGCGUUUGGGAACGUACUAAAGGAGCAAGCCGUAUUUAUAAAACUAAUUAGAGAAGUGAUAAGAUUAGCACAAGGCUUUGAUGUGGCGGACAUCUUCCCUUCAUACAAAUUUCUUCAUUCUCUCAGUGGGGCGAAGCAAAAAAUUCUAGAUAUGCAUCAUAAGGUAGAUGCAAUUGUUGAGGAUGUUAUUAACGAGCAUAAGAAGAAUCUUGCAAUUAACAACAGUGACGAUGCAUUAGGAGGUGAAGACCUAGUUGAUGUCUUACUAAGGCUUAUGAAGGAUGGAAGUCUUCAAUUUCCCAUCACCAACGAUAAUAUCAAAGCUAUUAUUGUUGACAUGUUUGGUGCUGGAACAGAUACUACAUCAAUAACAAUUACAUGGGCUAUGGCUGAAAUGAUGAAAAAUCCAAAUAUACUCGCCAAAGCACAAGCAGAAGUGCGAGAAGCCUUUAGAGACAAUGUAACAUUCGAUGUAGAGGAGCUAAAAUACUUAAAGUUAGUUGUUAAAGAAACUCUACGACUUCAUCCACCAGUUCCACUUUUGCUUGGAAGAGAGUGUAGGGAGGAGACAAAAAUAAACGGCUACACUAUUCCUGUAAAGACCAAUGUCAUGGUUAAUGUUUGGGCACUGGGCAGAGAUCCAAAAUAUUGGGAUGAAGCAGAAAGAUUUAAGCCAGAGAGAUUUGAACAAUGCUUUGUGGACUUUGUUGGUAAGAAUUUUGAAUAUCUUCCCUUUGGUAGUGGGAGGAGGAUGUGUCCUGGGAUGUCAUUUGGUUUAGCUAAUGUUUAUUUGCCGUUGGCUCAAUUGCUUUAUCACUUCGAUUGGAAACUCCCUACUGGAAUGGAGCCAACAGAUUUGGACUUGACUGAAGCUGCUGGAGGCACUGCCACUAAAAAAACUGACCUUUAUUUGAUUGCCACUCCUUAUCAACCUUAAUUACAUCAACUUUAUAAAGUUCCUAUUAUUAUAGUGAGGUGUGUAAAAUAAAAAUUGUUAUCUAAGCUUAUAGUAAUCUUAUAUCAUCCAAUGUUAAAUUUCUCAGUAUAGUGAUAAUGUAUGA